AUGAAUAUGUUCUCCAUCCAGACGUCGCAGCCGGACCCGUGCUAUGAUGAGAACGGAAAUCCGAGGAGGUGUAUCCCAGACUUUGUGAACUCUGCUUUCGGGAAGGAGGUUAAGGUGUCUAGUAUCUGCGGCAAGAACCCUUCGAGAUACUGCGACGCUUCUGACCCCAAAAAAGCUCACCCGCCGUCCUUUUUAACGGACCUCAACAAUCCCCACAACUUGACCUGCUGGCAGUCAGAGAACUACAUUCAGUACCCUCAGAACGUCACCCUCACGCUUUCCCUGGGCAAGAAGUUUGAGGUGACUUAUGUGAGCUUGCAGUUCUGCUCUCCCCGUCCGGAAUCCAUGGCCAUCUUCAAGUCCAUGGACUAUGGAAAGUCCUGGGUGCCAUUCCAGUUCUACUCCACCCAGUGCAGGAAGAUGUACAACAAACCCAACAAAGCGGUGAUCACCAAGCAGAACGAGCAGGAGGCCAUCUGUACGGACUCUCACACCGACAUGCACCCUCUUUCGGGUGGCCUGAUCGCCUUCAGCACCUUGGACGGCCGACCGUCUGCCCAUGACUUCGACAAUUCCCCGGUGCUCCAAGACUGGGUGACCGCCACGGACAUCAAAGUGGUCUUUAGCCGCCUUCAUACCUUCGGCGACGAGAACGAAGAUGACUCGGAGCUGGCCAGGGACUCCUAUUUCUACGCCGUCUCUGACCUUCAGGUCGGGGGUCGGUGCAAAUGCAACGGGCACGCAUCAAGGUGCGUCAAGGACAGGGAUGACAACCUGGUGUGCGACUGCAAGCACAACACAGCCGGGCCCGAGUGCGACCGAUGUAAACCUUUCCACUAUGACAGACCUUGGCAGAGGGCGACUGCAAGGGAAGCCAACGAGUGUGUGGGUGAGUACAAAUCUCCUACAGUUCGCACGAUGGUAGAGAUGCUAUGUAAGAAAUGA